AUGCUCAGUGGGCGUACAAGGCUAGCUCUACUGAGAUAUCAAUUAAAAGACUUUAAUGCAUUUGUAUCGAGCUACAGCCACAGCCAAUACAGCACACUACAAAACACUCCAACAAGCUCAACUCCCUCCACAAGUCAGACAGUGGCAACAACAACACCGUCAACCACGAAAUCCUUAAAGGACUCCCACUCAAACCUCAAUCAAGCUUUGAGCUCUGGAAGCUACCAAACCAUUAUCAGCACUCUCAAACUUCAUUACUUUUCUUCAACCACGCCUUCUUUUCCUCCUUACGCCGUGUCUUACACCCUCGAACUUAUCCUUGCUGACCCAAUACCCGAUCAGCGUACUCUCGACGCCGUUCUGCUCCUAUUCAAAUAUUCCCGCAGAAUAGACGCUGUACCUUACGACACUAGCGUCGUCGAGUUGUUCGCCAGAGUUUUCACCCAUAUCGGUGAAUAUGACCGUGCACUUAAGAUUAUACGUUCCUUGAAGCGCCUUAAUAGGUAUGUUGGUGUUGAUGUCAUGGAGUUCGUUGCUCAGUCCAUGGAAGCGUCCCAACAUAACGCGUUGGCUCUACGCACUCUCUCCAUGAUGGCUUACGACGAUAUUCCAACUGUCGGUAUUCUCAAUAUACGUCUACGCUGCUCUAUUGCUUGUGAGGAAUUCAAUGCGCUUAAUUUAGUCGAAUUCGAGCAUUUCAACAUAUCCCCAAACCAGGAUACCUACCAUGCCCUCAUAUUUGGACAUCUUCUCAACGGUAACCUCGCUCAGUCGAAAUUUUACCUCGCACAGAUGCAUAGAAGUGGCUACACUGAUAACGUCGCCACUCAUCUCGCGAUUCUGCGCGCAUAUAGAACACUCGGCAUAGACACUACUCUGGAACAUAACGCUCUCAACGAUACUGCCAGACUUGGUUUGAAUGCCGAUGCAAGGGUCUUGAAUGCACUCAUGAUGUUACGUAUCGACGCCGAAGAUGACAGAUUAGCGUUGAGGAUAUUCGAGAAAUUCUUCAACCACUCCAUAAGGCCAAAUACAGACUCAUUAGAGGAGCUAGUUAAGGAUGCUUUGGAGUCGCGUAAUAUUGCUUUCAAGAAACCCUUGCCGGAUGCAGCGACAUAUGCAAUAAUUAUACAGAUUUACGCUCGCAAUAACAAUCUCGCACGGGCUAUAUCCUACUACGAAGAUUACAGACGAUAUAUAGUCAGAGAUAACCGUCAUGUCGAAGCUGCGCUAGUGAGUGCGUACGUCUCCAAUGGAGAAACAUCCACUGCACUGUGGAAGCUCAGGAAUGGUCAGAUACGCACUACGACAAAAUCUAUCAAUGCUUUACUUAAAGGUAGUCUCUUAACGAUGGGAAUGGAUGGCUUAUACAUGGCUCUAAGACUGUUCAGGCGGUUCCGUCGCAAACCUGAUCAAAAGACAUUGGAACUAAUUUUGCAUCAUCUGCAUGACUUGCAUAUGCCGCCUUCUAAACUUAUACGACUUCUCAACAAAUUCAUCAAUAUGUCGUCGCAUAGAAUUACACUAAAUACGCGCCUAUUCAACAUUAUACGUCUCUCGACUUCUGAUCACGUAAAGGCAUUGGUAUACGAUCCAUCUAAGGGAAUACAGAGACGCACACCUGGUGUAGGUAGAAAAUCGCCAACAUAUAUACCUUCGUACGAAUCCAUAUCAAGAAUGCAAGAAUAUCUCGAAAACAAGGGCAUGAACGAUGACAGUAUGUCGGUAGCUAUCAAGAUGCGUCUGUUGGCAGUAGCUGGUGAUUUCGACGAAGCCAAGGCCAUGUUGAAGGAAGUAAUUGGCAGCGGCUACAGACCCAACAAAUAUCAUUUCGGCGCAUUGAUAGGAGGUGCGACUCAAAAUCGCAACUUUGAAUUAGCGCAAUCGAUAAUAAGUCAGGCAGCUAGAUCGGGUGUACAGCCUAAUUCUGCUAUGUUUUCAACCAUAAUGGCCGGAUAUGCCAAGGCUGGGAUGUUUCAGGAGGCUUGUGAGAUGUUUGAUUGGAUGCUAACCAAGAAAAUGAAGGUGGGAGUGCGUACGACGCAAGUACUCAUCAAGACACACCUCGAUGCGCGUAUGCCAGCUAAAGCACUCAAAUUUAGUAAGUGGUUGGGUGAGGAUACUACACGGCUCGACGAUGGCACUCUCGCAACGCUCUACCGUCUCUACGACUAUCACGGUAUGUAUAGAGAGGCAGAUGAGGCAGUGAAGCAUGUUACACACCCCACCAAGCAGCUCAGGGAUGCAGUACGCUUGAUGAAGAAACGCAGAAUGAAGCUGAAAGUAUAUCAAGAAUACAACAGAUCGUUCUGGUCUAAACUUAAUAGUCAACCUGGUCCGUAUAGGACAUACGACAGCGAACAGAUCAAAAGACUGAUUAUAGAGUGGGGCAAGGUAUGGAAUAGCUCGAGAAAAUCGGGGGUGUAUAGAAGAGGGGCUAAGUUGUCGAGAUACUCGCUCAGCAGAUAUAGAAUCACCAGAAGUUUGUAA